AUGAGGAAGAGUAUGGAUACAUUAGGAACAUCUACUGACAAUAGGAGUCUUGGAUCAGCCUUCUAUUCUUCUGCAGCUCAGGUUCAGUACUCACUUCCAGAGGAAAUGGAAAAAAAUUCCUUUGUGGGGAACCUUGCUAAAGAUUUAGAGCUGGAUGUCGAACAGUUACCAAAAUGCAAACUUGCUGUCUCUUCAGAAAAACAGUAUUUUGCUUUCAAUGAGCGAAAUGGUGAUCUAUAUGUGAAUGACAGGAUAGAUCGGGAAAAAAUAUGUGGAAACUCACCUAUUUGUAUGCUGCAGUUAGAAGUUGUGGCACAUAAUCCUUUAAAUAUUUUCCACAUAAAAGUUUUCAUCCUAGAUAUUAAUGAUAAUGCCCCAUAUUUCAGAAAGAAAAAUAUCAGUCUCAAUUUGAGUGAGUCUCAUUUGCCAGGAGCUCGAUUUGCUCUGGGAAAUGCUGAAGACGAGGACAUUGGAAUCAACGCCCUUCAAGAUUAUCAUUUGAGCUCAACCCCGUAUUUCAAGCUAGAAGUUCAAGAGAGGAAAGAUGGUGGCAAAUAUGCAGAAUUAAUUUUGCAAAAGUCAUUGGACAGGGAGAAAGAGCACACACACCACUUGAUUCUUACAGCUUCAGAUGGAGGACGUCCAGUGAAAACUGGGACUCUUAAUAUAGAAGUCAAUGUUAUUGACAUAAAUGACAAUCCACCAGUCUUCUCCCAGGCAACUUACAAAACAAGUCUGAAAGAGAAUACACCAAGAGGGACUUCUGUGCUUCAAGUGAAAGCAUCUGAUAGUGAUGAAGGGUCAAAUGCUGAGAUAUCUUAUAUUUUCUGGGAAAAUCCAGAAAACGUGAAUCAGAAAUUUAUUUUGGAUCCCACCGAUGGAACAAUUUAUCUUAAGGAAAGUGUUGAUUUUGAAGACAAAGGAAGUUAUAUGAUGAUAAUACGGGCAAAUGAUGGAGGUGAACUAUUUGCACAUUGCAAUGUAGAGAUUGAGGUUCUUGAUGAGAAUGACAAUGCCCCAGAAGUAAUUAUUACAUCUCUAUCCAGCCUCAUUCUUGAAGAUACUCUACCUGGAGCAGUGGUUGCUCUCAUCAAAGUCCAUGACAGAGAUUCUGGACUUAAUGGGGAAGUCACCUGUUACCUAAGAGAAACGGUACCUUUCCAGGUGGUCUCAUCAUCAGAUAACUACUUCAAACUCCUCACAGAUGGCCCCCUUGACAGAGAAAAAACACCAGUGUAUAACUUAACAAUUACAGCCACAGACCAAGGCAUACCUCCUCUUUCCACAGAUAAAACCAUCUCAAUACCAAUUUCGGAUAUCAAUGAUAACCCUCCGGCAUUUGAAAAGCCUUCCUAUGUUGCCUACAUUCCUGAGAACAACCCAUCCGGAAUGUCUAUUUUCCAGGUUAAGGCUUUUGACCCAGAUCUGGAUCGUAACGCCCAAAUCAUCUACUCCAUUCUCAACAGCAACCUCAAGGACCUGCCUCUCUCCUCCUAUGUUUCCAUUAACUCUGAGACAGGAACUCUCUACGCUCAACGAUCUUUUGACUAUGAGCAGCUCAAAGACUUCCAGCUGCAAGUGCAAGCCCAGGAUGAAGGCUCUCCAUCUCUCAAUAACAGUGCCACAGUCAAAGUGUUUGUAGUGGAUCAGAAUGAUAAUAUUCCCCAGAUCCUGUAUCCUUCCCAAACAACUCAGGGUUCAUCAUUGUUCGAGAUGGUGCCUCGCUCAGCCGAUUCGGGUUAUUUGGUGACAAAAGUUGUGGCUGUGGAUGCUGACUCUGGACAUAAUGCCUGGCUCUCUUUUCAUCUCCUGCAGGCCACAGAGCCCUCGCUCUUCAUCAUCAGCUCCCACACAGGAGAGAUCCAAACAGCUCGAGCGUUAGUUGACAGAGACAUUACCAAGCAGAGGCUGGUCAUCAUGGUGAGGGAUAACGGACAGCCACCUCUCUCGGCCACCACUAGUCUCAACCUUGUCUUUGCUCAGAACUUCCAGGAGGCUCUUCCUGAAAUGAAUGCCCAACCUAGUAACUCAGAAGAUCAGUCCAAGGUCCAGUUUUACUUAGUUCUGACUUUGACUUUGGUAUCCUUUCUGUUCCUGGUGGCAGUGAUUUUGGCCAUUAUUACGAAACUUCAAGGAUCAAGGAACCCCACUUUUUUUCAGUGCUUCAUUCCCGAUUCUCAUUCAAAGACUGGUACUGUAUUUCCUCCAAAUUAUGAAGAUGGGACUUUGCCUUAUUCUUAUCAGAUCUGUUUAUCCAGUGAGUCCAGGAGAAAUGAACUGACUUUUCUGCAACCCAAUGUCCAAAUAGUGGAGGAUAUUCUUUGCAAGGAUAAACGUGAUACCUCUGUUAUGGUCAGCGAAGGUAACAUUUUUGAUUCUGGAAAGGGCAUGAAUAUAGCACCAUUAGAAUUUGUUAUAAGAAAAAUGGUCUUAAUAACUUGA